AUGGUGACCAACAACACAACGGCUAAGAGUGAAGUCGACUAUGCCUGCGAACCCAUGGACUACGAAGCCGCCUUGACCGAAUGGGUAAAGGACCGGAUCGUCAAUCCCCAGUAUCGGGUGACUGAGCUCCACGUGCUAUCCUUCAAGAUGAUAGCCGUGGCCAAAGAGGCCGCCAGGGUAUUCGAGAUCGGCGGAAGGGCCAAGAUCGAAGAGAUCGUGGAGAAAGGCUUGCACGAGGAGGCCGAAAGCUUAUUGCGCUCGGGUCGUGAUCCACUCCAACGACUGAAGCGCCUACUUGCGUUCCUGAGCAUGCAAGAUGUACCAUUCUAUGAUGAUCUCAUAGACGAGACAUCGGAGGAGGUGCAAGCUGUUCAGUACUACAACGUACGGAUACAGCCACAAUACAAGGCAUCCCAAGAAUUGGCACCCAACCCUGCCCUCGUGCUCUUCCCUCCGCAGGUCUUGCAUUUGCUUACUCCGUCCAUCCAUCAUGCGCUAGUCUGCCUGUCACUCAAUCAUUUCAUCUACAGUCUACCAUUAGGCGCAGGCCAUACAGCGGUGAUGGCGCGGACAAAAGUAUACCAACAUCGGGGGGCAGCUUUGCGAGCAUUGAGUCGCCAUAUUGCCCAGGACAAGACACGAUGCUCGGACAUGACUAUCACCACAAUUCUCAUGUUCAUGUGCUUAGAGCUCCAAAACCCCACCUUUGCGGAUGGACGUUCACACGUGAAUGCCAUGAAGCGGAUAGUUGACCUCAGAGGUGGACCCAAGCAGGUCAUGAAGGAAGCCCCGUACCUUAUCCAGCCGAUGGUGCUCUACCUACUUCCGUCAUGGGAUCAAGUCGACAUCAGCAACACUGCGGAGGAAAUGAGGGAAGAUAUAACCGACAUGUACAGUCUCAUUUUUCCGUACACGCUCUGUCCGCGAGAGCUCUUCACUGAGAUAUUGCGGACGAACCAGCUGCGCGCAAAAGCAUCUGCAGCAAUCCAGCUGUGUGAUUUCAACCCGGAUCAUGCACUCGAAGCUUAUGACGUCCUCGGCCGCAUCGAGGCCUUCCCCGUCGAGGACUGGGCGCGAGCUGGCACCUUCUGCACCGAAUGGCUGACUGUUGGUCUGGUGUACAAAUCCGCCGUCGCGCUCUACGCUACCUUGUCCCUUUGCCCACUCAUGGUCCUGCCGACGAUCCCUUCACUGCUCGAGAGCCAAACAGCUUACGGUGAUGUCCUGCUCAGCAACCUCGGCACUGCACUCAAGGCCCCGCGUAUGGCUAAGUUUAUGGUCUGGCCGCUGAUCGUCGCGGGUGUAGAAGCUAUGCAUCGCGGGGAAGGGACGCGCAACUGGAUCGAGGCGGGCUUGGAGGAUCUGAGCAGGACACUGGGAACGAGCUGUCCACUCAAAGUAUGCUCGGUGCUGAAGAGAUACUGGAAGGGCGGGGUUGCCGGGUGGGACGAGUGCUUCGAUCAAUCGUAUGUGUUUGCCAUCUAG